AAUAAUUAAGCGGCCACCUUCUCCGAGGCCACCUCGGCUGCAGCUCCCACUGUGCAGCCUGCUCGCUCCCGCUGAGCACCGGGCACUGCAGAGACCGACCCCGGACUGCCCAGCCCUGCUCCUACCACCCGCCUCCUGCCCGGUGCCCACGUGGCUGCCCCAUGGCACCCGAGAUGGACCAGUUCUACAGGUCCACCAUGGCCAUCUACAAGAGCAUCAUGGAGCAGUUUAACCCUGCCCUGGAGAACCUGGUGUACCUGGGGAACAACUACCUCCGGGCCUUCCACGCUCUGUCCGAGGCGGCCGAGGUGUACUUCAGUGCCAUUCAGAAAAUUGGGGAGCAAGCCCUGCAGAGUCCCACCUCUCAGAUUCUGGGUGAGAUCUUAGUGCAGAUGUCGGACACCCAGCGGCACCUGAACUCAGACCUGAAGGUGGUGGUGCAGACGUUCCACGGGGACCUGCUGCAGCACAUGGAGAAGAACACUAAGCUGGACAUGCAGUUCAUCAACGACAGCCGCCAGCACUACGAGAUGGAGUACCGCCACCGUGCCGCCAGCCUGGAGAAGUGCAUGUCCGACCUGUGGCGCAUGGAGCGCCAACGGGACAAGAACACGCGGGAGAUGAAGGAGAGCGUGAACCGACUGCACGCACAGAUGCAGGCCUUUGUGUCCGAGAGCCAGCGCGCAGCGGAGCUGGAGGAGAAGCGGCGCUACCGCUUCCUGGCCGAGAAGCACCUGCUGCUGUCCAACACCUUCCUGCAGUUCUUCGGCCGGGCCCGGGGGCUGCUGCAGAACCGCGUGCUGCUGUGGAAGGAGCAGGCCGAAGCCAGCCGCGGCCCGUCACGCGCCCAUUCCCCCGGCCUGCUGGGCCCCGUGCUGGGGCCACCUUACCCCUCGGGCCGCCUGACGCCCACCCGCCUGGACAUGCCCCCGCGGCCCCUGGGCGAGUUCGGCUCCCCGCGCAGCCGCCACGGCUCUGGCUCCUACGGCCCCGAGCCCGCCGAGGCGAGGUCCGCGUCGCAGCUGGAGCCCGAGCGCCGGUCCCUGCCGCGGACGCCGUCGGCCUCCUCGCUCUACACCGGCGGCGCGCAGCGCUCGCGCUCCAACUCCUUCGGCGAGCGUCCGGGCGGCGGCGGGGGCGCCCGCAGGGUCCGCGCGCUGGUCUCGCACUCCGAGGGCGCCAACCACACGCUGCUGCGCUUCUCGGCCGGGGACGUCGUGGAGGUGCUGGUGCCCGAGGCCCACAACGGCUGGCUCUACGGCAAGCUGGAGGGCUCGUCCGCGAGUGGCUGGUUCCCCGAGGCCUAUGUGAAACCCCUGGAGGAGUUGCCUGUGAAUCCCAUGACCCCCUUGAGCCCCUUGACUGCCAUGAACCCCGUGAGCCCCAUGAGCCCCAUGAAUGAGCUGCCUUCCAGGUCCUACCCACUCCGUGGCAGCCACAGCCUUAACGACCUCCUGGACCCGCCGGGCAAUUCUACAGCGUCCCCAGAAUACUGGGAUGGCCAGUCCCGCCCCCAGGCUCCCAGCCGGGUCCCCAGCCGUGCCCCCAGCCCUUCACCCACACCCUUACCUGACAGCCACCGCAGCAGCAGCAUGGGCACAGCCAGUGACGUCAAGAAGCUCACCGCCUGGGAGCAGCAGCCCCCGGAGCUCUUCCCACGGGGCACAAAUCCCUUUGCCACCGUGAAGCUGCGUCCCACUGUCACCAACGACCGCUCGGCGCCUCUCAUCCGCUGAGGUCCUUCCUCUGUGGGGUCUGAGGUAGAGCUGCACACCUGCCCAGGGCUGUUCGGAGCCGACAGCGGUGGCAGUAGCAGUGGUGGCUCCAAGACGCCUGGGCCCUGAUACACGGGUGGCUGUCCUUCCCAGACCACCGAGAGCCUAAGCGGCUCCGGGCGCUGACCUGCGGUCCAGGGCCUCAAAGUACAGCAGGCAGAAUUGGGAAGCGGAGCAGUCCCUCCCUUGCAGGGGCCCCAGAACUCACCCAGGGGACCACCCUCUUCUCCCCAGCCUCUCUCCCCACCCCCGCCCCCGUGGGGAGGAGCCUGUGUCCCACACCUGCCCACCCCACAGGUCCCCACUGAACUUUUAUAAACGAUGAACAAUAAAGGAUGCUGACAUGGCA